CUCAGCCCACUAGUAAAGAAAUCCUAAAUCCUCUAUCACUCAAAAUAAUAUUUCACCGCCACUGCGACCAUACCACCGCCAUUACCACCACCGCAACCAUACCGCCACCACAAUCGUACCGCCGCAAAGAUUAUAAUUCAACGGCGGUACCGCCCCUCUUAAUUUUAGUUAUUUUGAACUAGAAAAAAUGGAUAAAAGAAAGCGAGGAGGAGGAGGAAAGAAAGAGGAACCGGCAACUACAGAUUACACGGAUAUGAGGUCUACAAGAAUGGAGCUCAAAUCCAUAAUGAAAGAUAUUCAACAUAUAGGACGCUCACAUAUGACAUGGAAAGAGAAGAAAGCCAUGGAAAACAGGAAAGUAGUUUCUCUUGGCGGAAAGCCUCCCAAGAAACAGAGAUUACCUUUAAGCGUGGCACGUGUGCCAAUGAAAAGAGAGAAAGAAAGGGAACAAAAGAUGUUACAAGAGAAUAUAAUACUUGGACAUGUUGGUGGGAAGCGUAGCAAUCGUAGCAAACAGGCAUCAGACAAACGUAGACCUGAGGAUAGAGUACUUAUGUCAACUGCUGGACAUUUUAGGAAUGGUGUUCUUGAUGUUAAAGAUUUAUUGAAAUCCAGUUCCUCUUCUAGGGGUGGUAGUAGUUUCAGGAGCCACGGGUUUGGUGGUGAUUCCAGCUUUGGUGGUGGCUCUAGUGAUCGUGGUUCUGGUAAAGGCAGCAAGAAGAAGGGUGGAAAAAAGAAGAAAGGUGGUAAAGGUGGUCGUAGGAAAGGCCAUUAGAGCAUAUAAUAUAUGAAAAUUUUCUUAUUCCAAAUGGUCAACUAGUUUUGAAAUGAGGAUCUAAUGGAAAUGUUGUGUUGUCAAUUACGGUCAUUGAUUUUGUAUGUUUUCCGGGCUCAUAUCUAUUACGUGUGUAUUUAAGUUUCUGAAGGAAAGGUUUUUGUAUGGUUUAUGUUAUAUUAAAGUUUUAGCCAAUAUAUGUUUACAUUCAA